AUGCUCGACCCCUUCUUCGCACCAUUCCCACUUUUCAAAGAACUCGCCCAACCACUAUGUGACACUCUGCACCUCUACUCACUCCCCCUCCACAUCCACGAAAUCCUCUCCGCAUUCGCCAUUUACCACAUCAUCUUCGAAUACAUCGCCGCCCCGCUCUCAACCGCGCUGCUCCCAACACGUUAUACCGGCCUUUCGUGGGAGAGCAAGCUGAGAUGGAAUAUGCACUGUGUGUCUCUAGUGCAGAGUAUCAGUAUUAGCGUGCUUGCGCUGUGGGUCAUGUGUGUGGAUCAGGAGCGCAAGACGAUGAAUCUGGAGGAACGGUUGUGGGGUUAUACGGGGGCUGCGGGGAUGGUGCAAGCGCUAUCUACGGGGUACUUUUUAUUUGAUCUCUCGGUUAUGAUUCGACAUUUGGAUGUCUUUGGGGUUGGCAUGUUGACGCAUGCUUCGAGUUGUCUUCUGACUUAUACCCUUGGAUUCCGUCCGGUUUUCAAUUACUACGGCUGUGUAUUCAUGCUCUAUGAGUUGUCAACACCUUUUUUGAAUAUCCACUGGUUCUUCGAUAAACUCGGCAUGACUGGCUCGAAAGCCCAACUUUACAACGGCCUCGCCCUUAUUUCCGUCUUUUUUAGUUGUCGCUUGGUCUGGGGAGCAUAUUCCUCUUUCAACAUCUACAAAGAUGUUUGGGACGCUCUCCACAUCACCAACGAUACGAAGUUCGAUUCUCGUCCAGAGAUGAUGAUAUAUGGUCAGGAUAGAUCGCUUCCGUGGUGGCUGGUGGUUUUGUACCUUGGCGGUCAUGUUACCUUGCAGGUGUUGAAUGUUUUUUGGUUGGGCAGGAUGAUUGCGGCGAUUAGGAGGAGGUUUUCGUCCAAGGUAAAGGUUAAUGGGAAAGCUAGAUGA